CUCUUUUUCUCCCCCUCAACAUGGCGGUCAAUCUUACCGAAUUGUCUCUUCCGCAGCUGGAAGGAUUAAAGUCUCAGCUGGAUCAGGAGACGGAGUUUCUGUCGUCGUCUAUCGCACAGUUAAAAGUGGUCCAGACUAAAUACGUGGAGGCGAAGGACAGUAUGAAUGUCCUUAAGAAGAGUAACGAAGGUAAAGAGUUACUCGUCCCUCUGACCAGCUCCAUGUACGUUCCCGGAACUCUGAAUGACGUGGAACACGUGCUGAUCAACGUGGGAACGGGUUACUUCGUGGAGAAGAACGCGGAGGACGGUAAAGAUUUCUUUAAGCGUAAAAUCGACUUCCUGACGAAACAGAUUGAGAAAAUUCAGCCGACUCUACAGGAGAAAUACGGCAUGAAGCAAGCUGUGGUUGAAGUCAUGAACAUGAAGCUCCAGCAACUGCACAGCCAACAGACAUCACAAUCAGGCACCACCAAGGCUUAGAACAUCUACACACACACACACACACACACACGCAUUCACAUACACACACACACACACACACACACACACCGGUCCGCAUGUCAUCCAGUUAUAAGUUAUGGUUCCCACAGUGUGUAUACUGAGAUGUAAAAUAAACACUCGUUCAG